UAUCUCUCACUUCUCCUCCACCUCUCUCACUCAGAGGAGAGGUGAUGUGCUUUUCUCUCUCGUUUCUGAUCCAUCAACGAACUCAACGCGUAAUUAAGUCGAUUACGCAUUUUGAGAGCGCGAGCUGAUUCAUCCGACUUGAAGCUAUCACUCACGUGUGCAGGAGCAAGAUAGCGCGCAAAACGCAGCGCGUAGAGCGCCCGACGCUGUCCGGGCUGGGCGCAAGAACGCGCGCAGUCGCGGCCGGCAUCCUCGGCGUGGCCAUGGUGCUGGUUCUGGUCAUCCUGAUCCCGGUACUCGUGAAUGCGGCUGGAACAGAUGUACGCUACGAAACGCUUAGCGCCUGCAGGAUGGUCUGUGAUCCCUAUGGCACCAUUAAGCCACCGGCGCGCGCCACCGGGAGCGACCCGCGCUCUCUUCAGCCUCCGACAACAUUUCUCCGCGGUCCGAAAGGGGAACCGGGACGCACCGGGCGCAUUGGCCCAAGGGGUGAGCCAGGUCCACCAGGACCACCCGGCCCGCCGGGAAUAGUCGGAAAUCCAGGACCGCCCGGGUUACCUGGACCUCCAGGAGUGAUCGGUGUGAGCGGUGGUGUUGUAAACGCGGCCACAUACACCACUGUACCCAAAGUCGCUUUUUACGCAGGGCUCAAAAAGCAGCACGAAGGCUACGAGGUCCUCAAGUUCGACGAUGUUGUCACCAACCUGGGUAACCACUACGACCCGACAACCGGCAAGUUCACCUGCUCCAUCCCGGGAAUCUAUUUCUUCGUGUAUCACGUGCUCAUGCGGGGAGGCGACGGCACGAGCAUGUGGGCUGAUUUGUGCAAAAAUAACCAGGUGAGGGCGAGCGCCAUCGCUCAGGAUGCGGAUCAGAACUAUGACUACGCCAGCAACAGCGUGGUGUUACACUUGGAGCCCGGAGACGAGAUCUACAUCAAGCUGGACGGCGGCAAAGCACAUGGAGGGAACAACAACAAAUACAGCACUUUCUCUGGGUUCAUGAUUUACGCCGAUUAACACGUGACAAGACUUGAUGCUUACAUGAAUGUUAAUCUACAAGGGUUUUUUUCCCACUCAGAGAGAUUUAAAUGAAAGGCUGCAAAUAAAUGCAGAUACAUCAUGCAAUUACAGUACAGUGUUCACUUGUGAUUAUAAGUUGUCAUCUUUAAAGCUGGACACGAUGGUAUGGUACUAUAGCUUAACGUGUGAAAUCCUUUAAAAGGCUCAUUUUGUGGUGAAAAGGGUCAGUUGGACGUAGCGACUUUAAACGUGUAAUGACUUCAUCAAGAGAUAGAUUUUAGACAAAUCACUGUGAGUUAUGCAGAAAAAAGUGUUAAGGAAUCAUGUUGUGUUUUAUUUGUUGGUCAGUUUUAGAGCUUCAACAUGCAAUCGAUCGCAGGUUGUUGAGCUCCACUUCAAAUCACUUCUGGUGAGACCAAAUACUUAAAAAUGUUUCUGCCGGUUACGAGUUGAACCAACAAUGAUUUGCUUUACCUCAUUCGAUCUCUGUAUUGCUUUCUUAUUGAAUAACAUAAACUUUGUGCAAUCUACACUAAAAUAAAUGUAACAUCUCUACUGCUGAUCUUCCAAAGUGUUAUUGUUAAGGGUCAGAAAAAGGACAGAUCGUCAUCUUCCUAAUGCUUUUUAAGAAUUCAGGUUCAUAAAUUCAAAUCUUGAUGAUACCUUGACAAGGAGCCAAAAAAAAAAAGGUCCUUGAGCCUGCGCUCUGGGUACAGAGUGAACGUUGUAUCCCUGUCAAUCACAACGACACUAGCCAAUCAUGUGCAUCUAUGAGAUCGGGUAUGCGGAAGAGGGCAGAUUGCACGUUCCUCUAAGUGUGUUAUGCUGCACUGUGAUACAGCAUGUGCAUGUGGAUGGCUUCACGUGUCUCAGAGGAAGCACGUGUUAGCAUUCACCCUACACAGUUGGUGGCCAUCAUAUGUCGUUGUCUGGACAACAAAAGACAUCACUGUAAUGAACAUCCUCCAGAAUUUCCAGUGCAAACUCCAAAAAAGAUCCCUGUACAAUCCUUGGACAUUUAAUAAAACUAAAACACUAUCACUGACCUGUAAAUGGACAAAGGACUGUGAGAACAAGUUAACAAGAAUUUUUUUUAUAGCAUUUAUUUCCUUUCUUGUAAUUUAUUCAAAGUGUUUAUUCGGAGUUUCACAUAUAGUGGAUAUAAAUCAUCAAAUCAUUGUGUUUCCAUCUGAGAACCAAAACGACACCUCAUAUAUGAAACGAUACUGACUAAUGAUUAUUAACUGAUGUUUAAGCAGCAGUGAUUCAGGGUUAAAGGAUUCUGCAAAAUAAGUGCUACUUCCCUGCAGUUAAUACGUGUUGUUAUUGCGAUUAAAAGCAUUAUUGUGUUUUUAAUUAAGAUUGGAAGGAAAAAAAUACAAAAAAAAAACCCCACAAUGACAGUCCAGACGUGAUGUCCCAUUGAAGCAGAAUGAUUAGCAGAAGGUUUUUGUCUGAAAUCAGGUGCUGUGUUAUUCAUUUUCAUGUCUGGGGUAUUGAACGACUUCUCCGAACCCUCCUUUAAUUAUCCUCCGGAUGAAUCAAAUCCAGCCGUUUUCCCAGAUGAAAAUACAAAACAACAGCCUU